UCGGGCUUGUAGGGUCCAAACCCAACACCGGAAUGGGCCCAUCUGUUAUAUUGGGUUUAGAUUCGCUUCGAUGUGGAACGGAUUCAAGAUGGUGGGGCCUAGUAUGUCAGUAGAAGGCCCAUGAUAUGAGAGAAUUGGGCCUAGAAUGUGCGCCGCAAUUUCCCGACUCACUCUCUCCACCGCUGAUACUUCCCGACCACAUCAUCGCGAACACGACGGCGUUUCUGAUUCCCGAAACGAAGCCUUUUUUUUUUUUUAUCCAAAACCCCCUUCUCUCGGACUGCGACGAUGUCUCCAAUUUCUCUACCGAAGACAAGAUCACGAGCUCGACACUCUCGGCGACCAGCUGCAACAAGAGAACGACAACGGCUUGUUUGAUUGGGAAGACGACGGUGAGCAAAUUAGCAAUAACAAGGUAUCCUCAUCUGGGUUUUACUUCUAUCACAUUUCUAAUGCCAUUGUGGGGCCGCGAAUAAGCGGUCGAAUAUUGAUGAAUGGGAUGAUGAUUCUGUCGAGUUUAAUGUGGGAUUGGGUACAGAGGAUAAGAGUGAGGCUGCGUUUGGGGUCUGAUGAUGUCCCUGUAGACGAAAAUGUGAGGAGGAAGGUAAGCGAGGUGGAAGGAAUUGAGGAAGCUCUGAUGUUGAAGGUGGAUCCACUUAGGGAAGGGUGGGGGAGCGGUUUGACAAAAAAAAAAGGUGAUUUCUUGAGGAGGGAUAGGAUGUUCAAAUCCAAUUUGGAGGUGUUGAAUGCUUUGAAUAAUCCAUUGUUGCAGGACCCUGAUGGGGUUGGGGUUAGUACAUUGACUAGAGGGGAUAAGGUGGUCCAGAAAUGGUGGUUGAAUGUUCCCUUUUGGUAGCAAGAAGCCUUUUGAGUGUUUUGGAGGGGAAUGAGGUAGCUAAGGUUGAAGGAAAUCGAAUGAGAAACAUGACAUAAGGAGUAAAAGGCAUUCUAAACUGUUAAAGAAACCAUGAAGGAACAGGUGUUCAAGAAAGAUGAUAAAGGGGCGCUGAGCGGAGGACUUUGGAUGAGAAUGCAGGUAAUGGGUUGAAGAGUAUGGAGGCAAACAAUGUUGACAAGUAUUUGCAUUUGAGAAGUAUGGGAGAUUUUUUCUAAUAAGAGUAAUGGAAUGUAAGAUAGUGAUGUGAGUGGUGACUUAAGUAGCAAGAAAGUAAACAAUGGAGAUCAAAAUUUGAGUGUUAGUAUGGAAGGAAAUACAUAGCAUAAGAGUAAAGGGAUGGUCUUUGUCAAUAGUUUCAAAGUUGCUGUUGCCAUGCCAAAUCUUGAUGAAUUGCUGAAUGAUACCCCUGUGCAUGUGUUCGCAUCCGUCUAGUUUAAAUGCAGAAAGACAAAGUUAUAUCCAGUUCACUACUGUGUGCUUGUCCAGCUCAUGGGCCUCUACAAGAAUAGAAGGUUCAACUGCACAUGGGUACUGUUACACACACACAAUCUCAUAAAUGUUUUAUGUGAAGUGGCAACCUUUGAAACAGCAGAAACUUUCUGGUUGACUUGCUGAACCCUUAAUUCGAGGCUGAGAGGAUAAAACCAAAUACUCAAUAGAUUUACUCAGAACCAAAGACCCUUCAAAAAUCUGCCUCUGUACUAAAUACUCCAUAUAGAAAUCAUCAGUGGUGGUGGUAGCUCUUCCUAACAGGGUGAUGAAUAUAUGCCGCAAUCAUGGGAAAGUAAGAGGGUGCAUGUGACUAUUGGAGCAUCUUCUAAGUUCUAACUCCUCCUUCCUUUAAACAAAAGGGAUGAGUCGAAAUUCUUCUUGCUUUGUACCAACCUAAUCAUUGCCCAUAUAUUAUGUAAAGUGGGGAGGUUUCCACUUUCCACUAAGCCUCCCAGUGGGAUAGAAUAUAGUUAUGACUCCACAUACCAAGAUAAUAAAUGCAACAAAAUUGAUUGUACUAAAAAAGAGAAACUCCUUUUCUACAGGAUAUUAUUAUCUGAAUUUACUACUAUAUGGUCACUCCUUCACAUUCAAUAAAGAUAAACCCACUUC